AGCUGGCAGAGCAUCCGGCGUGUGGCGGAGGCAGAGAAGCGGAGGAAGGAGUGGGGUGGUUCUCUCCUAGGCCCAGGCCCCCGCUCCGCCCGGCGCCAUGGCGAUGCAAGCGGCCAAGCGGGCUAACAUUCGGCUGCCUCCGGAAGUGAAUCGGAUUUUGUACAUCAGAAACUUGCCGUACAAAAUCACCGCUGAGGAAAUGUAUGAUAUCUUCGGAAAAUAUGGGCCCAUUCGACAGAUCAGAGUUGGAAACACUCCGGAGACUAGAGGAACAGCAUAUGUAGUCUAUGAAGACAUCUUUGAUGCCAAGAAUGCUUGUGAUCACCUGUCAGGAUUCAAUGUGUGCAACAGAUACCUUGUUGUCCUGUACUACAAUGCAAACAGGGCCUUCCAGAAGAUGGAUACAAAGAAGAAAGAGGAACAGCUCAAACUGCUCAAGGAAAAAUAUGGAAUCAACACAGAUCCACCCAAAUAAGAUGGGGCAGUUCUGGAAAGAUGAUUAUUUCAAAUCUGUCACCAUCUUCGGACUGAACCUCAUAAGGACCCUUAAGUGUAUUUUGUAUUGCUUUUUAUGCUGGGUGCAUAAACUAUUGAAUCUUAAGCUUUAUUAAUUUACAAUUGAAACAUCCUAAAUAAAUGCCGACUAUCCUAUGAUUUGUGGUAAACUUAAGUGUACAGGCUGGCUUCUUGCUAAAAUGGACCACUGGCUGUUGCGACAGUAACCGGUGUUUGUCUCCAGCAGGCUUUCCCAAGAUGUAACCAAAUGUAUUUGGUUUGGUUCUGGAGAAAUUUUUCCCCCUCCUAGGGUUUGUGCUAGAUUCUAACCACCACUUAAAUCCUUUGCAUUGGGUAAGUGGCUUCUUCAAGCGGGUGAACUUCACCCUAUGGACAAACUGAAGUUGCAUGCCACAUGUACCACGUGUCUUGUAUGGAAGCUGAUACUGUGUAUUUUGAUACUUAUCAGACUUGUGCUAUUGUAUCUAAGCAACCAUGGAUUUCCUCCCAAUGGGAAUGUUUUGGAGGAGUCUAAUUUUGUAUUAGAGGGAGCUUAUGUGUUUGUUUUUAAGGCAAUUCCAUAUUAAAAAUCUACCCCCAG